UCCGCGUGGCAUCAUAAUCAUUCUGGUCGCUGCCUCCGACGACUCUCUUGUUUCUCUCUUCUUCUCUCUCAAAGUGUACGUCUAGAUCUCAAGAAAGUGCAUGCAUGGCAGGCUGGCAGCUCCUCCCAUGGAUCGUCGCACAAAAGUGCACCCCACGGCGGCUCCUCACACUGGCGGCAGCGUCGAGUCCUCUUCAAUCCAAAGCACCAGCGGCGACGUCCCUUCACACCUCUCGGUGGUGGCGUCCCCAUGGAGGCGCAUGGAUCUCCUCGACCGCCGGCGCGCCGUCACGAAGGUCGCCGGGACGCUAGACCUCGUGAAUCAUGAGCCACCCGUGCGAACUCGUCUCCGCCCGCGCCAGCACGAAGGUCGCAUGUCUCAGCCGGUCAGCCCUCCUCUCCCGCCUCCGCCAGCUGGGAGGUCGCUCCUAUUCUGGAUUUGCCGCCGGUGCAUGUUCUGGCGACUCCGCCAUCCCGGUCUGCUCUUGUUCGUCCAUCCAUGGCAGUCGACGGUAGCGGUCCGGACUUGCCCCUUCGCCUUCCCCGAGCGGCAGCGCGCGGCUUUCUCUCGUGGUUCGGCGGCCGUCCGACUCGCCCCUUGUAGAUCGAUGGCCCUCGCAACACGGCGAUCGUUCAUUAAGAUGCAGCGGUCCGGCACCGUCACAUCUCCGACGGUGAUAAUGUCUCGAGGAAACUGAAGUCAGAUCAUGCGAGAUCAUCAUGCCUUGUUAAGAUGACGAUUCAGCUGCUCCAUCCCGGCGACGGAUGCUUCCAAUUUGAUUGUGCUGGGGCGACAAGAAGCAGACGACUGACCAUGUUGGGCACAACUUUUAGAUUGUUGUUUGACGUCGAUGUGUAUGUAAUAUCCAGAUUGUAAAUGUUGGAGUAGUAGUGCUAGUGCCGGAUCGAAAAUGCAAUCACAAUUCAGAUUGUGUCAGUUAGAACUUGAAAUUUUGGGCUUUGCAUUAUUGUAAAUUGGACGUCAUUUUGAAAUAUUGAUACGAUGUAUACCUAUAUAUAGAGGCAUUCGAAUUCUCGUAA